GCUCUACAAUUACUUGAAUACCUCGUUAAACAUGGCGCUGAAAGAGUAGUUGACGAUGCUCGUGCACAUAUGCAAACUAUUAAGAUGAUGCGUAAUUUCGCCUAUAUUGAUGAUAAGGGAAAAGAUCAAGGUGUCAACGAACUUGCUGAAUUAUUAAGUGACGUCGAGAAAAUUAGGCAGGAAAGAAGAAAAGCGAAAGCAAAUAGAACUAAAUACACAGGUGUUAGCUCAGAUGCUAUUGGUUAUGGUGGUUCGUCAUCUCGUUAUGGAGGAUUUGGAAAUGACACUUUUUAUUAUAGUAAAUAUGAUGAACCAGACUCACAAUGGCAUGUCGAUUAUAGAGCAGAUAGAUCCUCUUUUAAUGAAGAGAGAAGAACCAGUACUAGUGCAUCUCGUCUUAGUCAAUCAUCCAAUAAAAAUAUAGUUGAACCGUCGACUGCGACAACUAAUUCAGAUGAACUUGCGACUGCAAAUACUGAAGUUAAUUUAUUCGAUUUUGAUGAUACUCCAACUAAUACUAAUCCUGCACUCCAGAAUGAUUUUGGCUCGAUGCAAACUGCAUUUAUUGACGAUGAUUUUCAAGAUUUUCAAAGUGCUCCACUCACAACUUCUUCACAAAGAUCUUCUAUCUCAAUGAAUUCAUCGAAUUUGGCCGGAUUUCAGUUUACUUCAGUACCAAAACCAAAUACACAACCUAUUAAUAAUGUUAAUGUGCCAAAAAACAAUGCAAAUGUACCUCAAGCUAACAAUAAUUUACUUGACGACUUACUUGGUCCUGUUUCACCAGUUACCACAACACCAAGCACAGCAUCAAAUUUAGUAAGUUUAGAUUCUUUGGGAAAGGAAUCCAAAACGACGAAGCAACCUGCAAAACCGUCUAUGAAUUCUCUUGCACAAGCCAAUUCUUCAUCAUGGGCAGUUAAAGGAACUUGGACUGGUGCACAGCCUUUGCAGCAGAAUUCUACGAACGGGUCUCAGAAACGUUAUGAUCCGUUUGAUUCGUUACUGUAA